ACAACAUGAAAUGAUAAAACAAAGUUGAGGAAGGGGAUUUUAAUUUAAAAUUGAAUAUUGAAGCACAAUAAAAAGUUUAUUUACAGUUUUGCAGUACAUACCAUGAAGUUUUAAAUAUGUACCUUUGUAUAUAUCCUGUAUUAUUCGUAUAUUGCUGUUAUAAAUAAGUAGUAAACCUUGAUUUAACGUUAUUUUGAAUGAUAUUUUAAACUUGUUAUGAAUUACAUGUAAAAUAAAUAUAUACAUAUAUUUUUCAUAAUUAAUUAAUUAAGAUAAGAUGGAAGGUGGUAAAUGGAGGAAUAGUAUCAUAAGCCAACUACAACUUCGAAACAAAAGAGAAACAGCUGCAUUCCAAGAUAUUAUUUCCUUUCAAAGCAGACUUUUUGAUAAUGUCAAUACUCUAAAGAAUGAGAAUUUACAGCUGACUUUGGUUAAUGAGCGUAUAAGAUAUUCGAACACAGAAAGUAUAUCAUCUGCUGGAGGAGCUGGCAAUGAGAAAAUUCAGGCUUUAGAACAGAAGAUACUUAACCAACAAGAAGAAUUAACAAAUUUACAUAGAAGGAGAGGAGAAUGCUCCCAACAAAUUAUAAACCUAAAUGCUCAAGUUAAUGAAUUGGAGAAAAGUUUAAAAGCAAAGGAUGUAAUAAUUUCAGAGAACACUGCUUUAAUAGCAUCACUUAGAGCCGAAAUUCAAUUGUAUGAGACGAAUAUGACAGAAUUACACGGACUAAAUCAAGUCUUGAGAGAUGAGCACCAGGCACUACAAAUUGCCUUUGCAGCUAUCGAAGAGAAGCUUAGGAAAGCACAGGACGAAAAUCGAUCUUUGGUGGAGCGGCUGAUAAAAUAUAAAUCGAAAGAUGCGGAUAAAAUGAAUGAAGAAAAUGAACAUUUUAUCAAGUCAAGCAACCCUACCGCGUUUUUGAUCAACACGUUUGGUAGAGUUAGUUUCGGGAAAAAGAGUGAUAAAGUAAAGAAGGAGUUGGAGGAGGCGGCACGGGAGGGUGGUAGUAGAAGUAGUAUCGGCUCCGGUGGGAGUGCCGAUGAUAAGAUAUCUGAUGCGAUGCCGUACUAUAGCACCACGCUGCCCACUACCGUAGCGCUUAGAUUUGAUGCACAUGAUGGCGAAGUUAAUGCAGUAAAGUGGAGCCCGACCGACAGGAUAGUGGCCACGAGCGGAGCUGACAGGAAGGUUAAAUUAUGGAACGUGUCUAAGUUAACGGCGGAGAGCCGCGGCACGCUUGUCGGGUCGAACGCGGGCGUUAUGUCCGUGGACUUCGACUCUACCGGCGCGUACCUCGUGGGAGCCUCCAACGACUUCGCGAGCCGGGUGUGGACCGUGGGCGACCAGAGGCUGAGGCACACGCUUACGGGCCACAGUGGGAAGGUGAUGGCAGCUAAAUUCCUCGGAGAACCUACAAAAGUGAUAACUGGGAGCCACGACCGAACACUUAAAAUAUGGGAUCUUAGGAGUCGAAUGUGUACGGAAACUAAAUUUGCAGGAUCAUCUUGCAAUGACCUUGUUACAUCAGACGGCGCGGGGUCAACAAUCAUCUCGGGACAUUUUGACAAGCGAAUAAGAUUUUGGGACAUACGGACAGAAAUGUCGGCCAAUCACAUCGUGCUCCAGGGCAAGGUCACCUCGCUUGACCUCAGUAGAGAUAGCAACUAUUUGUUGGCCUGCGUCAGAGACGACACGGUACAGUUGAUAGACUUGCGGAUGAACUCCAUCGUACGUUCAUUUAGUCAUGAAUCGUUCAAAGUGGGGUGUGACUGGUCGCGGGCGGCGUUCGGGCCGGGUGGGCGACUGCUGGCCGUGGGCUCGGCCGAGGGCGCCGCCUACGUGUGGAACACGCACACGGGGAAGCUGGAGGCGAUCCUCAAGGACCACUCGUAA